CGUAUGACAUCCUUCCCGUUCAAAAUCCAGAGGUACAACAAGUUUUAGUUCGCAAAAGUCGUUACUCCAAAUAAUAUGGCUACUUCAAAGCUCAUGGAAUCUUCUAUAGAGGUACAGAAACUUCGUUCAAGCGUUCGCCAUCUUCUUGAAGAACAAAAUAAGUCAAACAGCAAACUGAUUGGAGUUCAAGUUUUAACGGAUCAACUAGAAAAGAAAAAUGAGGAAUGCUCUGUUUUAAGAUCUAAACUAAAGCAAUUGGAGGUCCUGUUAUCAAGAGCAGAAAACAGAAUCGCACAACUAAGUAUUUUAGCAAAUGCUAAGGGUGGCCAGAGUCAAGGUGGUAUCGUCACUCCAGGAGUGUCAAAGAAACUAUUAGAGACGAUAACCAGAGAAAAUACAAAGCUUAAGCUAGCUUUAGAACAUGUUCUAAACAAGCAAGCAAACGGAGUGGAUCUAGCAGUGGAAAAUAGGGAUCUUCAUGAUCUAGUCCUUGCACUGAAAGAUGAACUUGAACAAAAUAGAAAAGAAACAGAAGAAUUACGAGAAGCACUUAAAGCUGUGGAAACUGAUGACUCUAUGGCUUUGCAGCAACAGAUUGCAAGACUGACAGCACAAAUAACACAAAUUGAGAGAAGCUUAAAAGCAAAACAAGUUUACUGUGAGUCAGUUGUAAGUGAGAAUGAAAGACUAAAGUCUAAUAUGGAAGCAGUUAAGAGUGAGAGAAUAACACAGCUUGCAACACUAAAGAAAUUAGCUGACCAACACCCAGCUAUCAAAGAUGUUCUUAACCUUACUUGGUCUAGUGAUGAUGUUGAUGGGCAAGCUAAAGAUAUUGAGAAAUAUACAAAAGAAAUAGAGUCACUGAGAAAAAAURUAGAGGAAUUAAAGGAACAACGUGCCAUUUCAUAUSAAGACAGCAAGAAACAUMAGGAAGAAUUCAAAAUGCAGAUYCAAGAACUUACCCAUAGAAAUGCUGCUAUGCAUGAGGAAAUAGAAAAGCUAAAGAAUGAUUACCAGGAAGUGAGCAUGGUGAAAGAUUUAUUGGAAGGCCAGUGCAAAGAUUUUGAGAAUGAUUUCAAGAUGGAAAGACAAGAAAAAGAAAAGUUGGAUUCUGACAUGAAGAGGAUGGUUAAGCAAUGUCAAGACUUACAGCAAGAAAAUAUAACAGUCAGAAACGACAAUGAAAAGAUUAAAAAACUAAUUAAGGAUGAAUUUGAGARAAAACAGCAAAAACAGAUAACAUCAACAACAACAGCAACAACAAACUCRCCGAGAUGGCAAUUCCCCGCAGCUGCUACUGGAUACACACCUCAUCACUAUAACCCAAUGAACAGAACCCCAGAACCAGGAUACAUGCCUCCUCAUUUUAAUCCAAUGACGUUGUCAGAACAAGUGUGUGCUGAUGGUCCUGGAGGACAAAAUCUAAGGCCGUAUAGCCGUAUAAAUGCAGCAAACAGCAGCUACCUUGAAUGUCCUGUCUGCAAAAUGAUCCUACCUCCAAAUGAGAUAGAGGAUCACCUCAAUGACUGUGAUGGCAGGAAGUGAGUGGCAUUGUCUUUGUUUGCCAUACUGUUUGAUGCUAGCUUGGAUAUCUUUUGAAUAAAGAUGUUGCAAUAAUACAUAAAGUGUAUUGUUGACAAAYAUUGCAUCAAAUCUAUAGUAAUGCAGCAAGCUUGAUUCAAACUGUGUGUACAUUAAAUUCGAUGCCAAUCAUUGUUGAAGAUCUUUCCAUGGUGAUACUGCAUGGUCAGCAGCGAUGAUACACCUUCAAGAGAAAAGUAGAAGGUGUGGUUAUCCAAAUUCUCUUCCAUCUCUGACUCAAUCAUCAUGAAUUAGCAUUGAUAAGGGACAACUUGUUAAGGUUUUAGUAAAAGUUGCAUGCACAUUAAAACAUAUCAAUGCAUCAUCCAUCGUGGGUAACACUGACAAUGACAAUGCAUCUUUCAGUGCAAUAAUCCAGUGUGUGCAUAGUAUAAUCAUGUCAAAAAUAACAAUUUGGCAACAACUGAAUGGAGAUUUAAGUGUCAGAUGGGAAUAUAGUGAUAUUGUCAUUUCAAUGGUGGAUAAAGAUCAAUUAUUAUAGAGUUUCAUCUAUUUUAA